ACCAGUAAAACAGAAGAACCAGAAAUAAUUAUAAUAGGGUCAGGUGUACUAGGGUCAGCGUUAGCCACUGUUUUAUCUCGAGAUGGUCGGAGGGUAACAGUUAUUGAGAGAGAUAUGAAAGAACCUGAUAGAAUAGUUGGUGAAUUGUUACAGCCAGGUGGAAUAAAAGCUCUAACUAAACUUGGUCUGGAAGAUACAGUAAAUGGUUUAGAUGCCCAUCCUAUAAAAGGUUAUGUUAUACAUGAUUUAGAAACUCAAACAGAAGUAACAGUCCCCUACCCUAAAGAAGGCUCUACCCAGGAGGUGACUCAGGGACGAGCUUUUCACCAUGGAAGAUUUAUCAUGUCACUUAGAGAGAGAGCCCAACAGGAGAAAAAUGUAACAUAUAUAGAAGCGAUGGCUCACAAACUGAUAGAAGAUAAAGGUGUAGUAAUAGGUGUACAAUAUAAAACCAAGGGGGACAACUCAGUCAAGGAGGUGUAUGCUCCACUGACUAUAGUAGCUGAUGGUUGUUUUUCUAAAUUCCGUAAACAGUUAGUGAAGGAAGAUGUGACAGUUUAUUCUCAUUUUGUCGGCACGUUAAUGUUGGAUUGUCCCCAAUCUCUUAUGAACCAUGCCGAGCUCGUCCUGGCUAAACCCAGUCCAGUAUUGAUAUAUCAGAUCUCAUCUCAUGAUACCAGAGUUCUAGUUGAUGUUCGAGGUCAAGUUGAAGGAAGUAUGAAGGAACAUAUCUUAAAUAACAUAGCACCACAGAUGCCUGCACACAUCAGAGAACCUUUUAUAGAUGGAGUGAUAAAUGGAAGAUUAAGAACAAUGCCAAACAGUUUCUUACCUCCGUCACCUAUAGAGAAACCAGGUGUCUUGGUGAUAGGUGACGCCUUUAAUAUGAGACAUCCUUUAACGGGAGGUGGUAUGUCUGUAGCCCUGAAUGAUGCUGUUAUAUGGAGAGAUUUACUUAAAACUAUUCCUGAUCUUACAAAUUAUGAAGAAUUAAUUACAGCUUCCAGAGUAUUUCAGUUACGUAGAAAACAGACCCAUUCAUUUGUUGUGAAUGUUUUAGCCCAGGCUCUGUAUGAAUUGUUUGCUGCUAGUGAUGUACAUCUACAUAGUUUAAAACGAGCUUGUUUUGAAUAUUUUAAACUGGGAGGAGAAUGUGUUAAUGGUCCAGUAGGAUUACUCUCAGUAUUAACACCGAAACCACAUUUAUUAAUUGGACAUUUCUUUGCAGUGGCAAUGUACGCUAUUUUAUCAGUGAUACGGAGUGAACCAUUCUGGGCUGUACAUAGAGUACUAUAUAGAUCUUUUAUGAUCUUCUACAAGGCUUGUGGAGUUAUCUUUCCUUUAAUUUGGACUGAAGUGAAAGGUUUACUAGUAUAA